GACGGCAGAAGUUCGGGACUGGGUAAGAGGAGCAGAAAUUUGCCCAGCAGAAGUUGCUCUGAAUCAGAGCUCUACAUCCACCAUGUUGCCCUGUGGACCAGCUUUGUCCUUUGUUCGAUGUCUGGUGCGGAAGAAGAACGUGAGCGGCGACAGCCUUGAGGACUCCAAGUUGUGCCGCUGCCUAUCGACAGUGGACCUUAUCGCCCUGGGAGUAGGAAGUACCCUUGGUGCUGGUGUUUAUGUCCUUGCUGGAGAAGUAGCCAAAUCUGAUUCUGGACCUAGCAUCGUUGUUUCUUUCCUCAUUGCUGCGUUGGCAUCUGUGAUGGCAGGUCUCUGCUACGCUGAGUUUGGUGCUCGCGUUCCCAAGACUGGUUCUGCGUAUUUGUAUACUUACGUAACUGUCGGUGAACUGUGGGCUUUUAUCACUGGUUGGAAUCUCAUUUUAUCCUAUGUUAUAGGUACAUCAAGCGUAGCAAGAGCCUGGAGUGGCACCUUUGAUGAACUUCUUGGGAAACAGAUUGGUCAUUUCUUCAGAACCUACUUCAAAAUGAAUUACUCUGGGCUAGCAGAGUAUCCUGACUUCUUUGCUGUAUUCCUUAUAUUGCUUUUAUCAGGUCUGCUAUCCUUUGGAGUAAAAGAAUCUGCAUGGGUGAAUAAAAUUUUCACUGCUAUUAACAUCUUGGUCCUACUCUUCGUUAUGAUUUCUGGUUUUGUGAAAGGAGAUGCUGACAACUGGAAAAUAAGUGAAGACUAUCUCAUAAACCUUACUGCAGUAACAGAAAAUCGCUCAUCCUAUGAGAAUGUGACAAGUAUAUAUGGGAGCGGUGGCUUUAUGCCAUAUGGUUUCACAGGAACUUUGGCUGGUGCUGCAACCUGUUUUUAUGCUUUUGUAGGAUUUGACUGCAUUGCAACAACCGGAGAAGAGGUCAAGAAUCCUCAGAAAGCCAUACCCAUAGGAAUUGUGGUGUCCCUGCUUGUCUGCUUCAUGGCCUAUUUUGGAGUUUCAGCUGCACUGACACUCAUGAUGCCAUACUGUCUACUAGAUGAGAAAAGUCCUUUGCCAGUAGCAUUUGAAUACGUUGGAUGGGGUCCUGCAAAAUACGUUGUAGCAGUGGGAUCCCUCUGUGCUUUAUCCACAAGUCUUCUCGGCUCUAUGUUCCCUUUGCCCCGAAUUCUGUUUGCCAUGGCACGUGAUGGUUUACUCUUUAGUUUUCUUGCCAAAGUGAGUAAGAGGCAGGCACCAGUUUCUGCCACCUUGACAGCAGGGGUCAUCUCUGCCAUAAUGGCAUUUCUGUUUGACCUAAAGGCUUUAGUGGACAUGAUGUCUAUUGGUACACUUCUUGCUUAUUCACUUGUGGCAACCUGUGUCCUCAUUCUUAGGUACCAACCCAGUUUAACCUAUGAGCAACCAAAAUAUUCUCCAGAGAAAGCAGCUUUGGCUGCAUCUGAAAGGGAAUCUGCAGUAAGUGAAUCACAGAUAAAUAUGAUACAAGAGAAUCACUUCAGUCUUCAGGCCUUGAUUAAUCCAUCCAGUUUACCUACCGAGCAGACUGCAACUACCGUUAACUUUUUGGUGGGUCUCUUGGCUUUCUUGGUUUGUGGCUUGAGUGUCCUCACUACUUAUGGGAUUGAUUUCAUUGCUAACUUGGAGCCCUGGAGUAUUGGCCUUCUUGCUGUACUGGUGGUGUCCUUCAUAGUUACCAUUCUCCUCAUCCAAAGGCAGCCUCAGAACCAGCAGAAAGUGGCCUUUAUGGUUCCACUAUUGCCAUUUUUGCCAUCAUUCAGUAUCCUGGUAAAUAUUUACUUGAUGGUACAAUUAAGUGGAGACACUUGGAUCAGAUUUAGCUUCUGGAUGGCACUUGGCUUCCUCAUUUACUUUGGUUAUGGCAUCAGGCACAGUCUUGAAGGCCAUCGUAGUGAUGGAGAUGACGAUUCUUGCUCAGAAAAUAGUGGGCUGCAAGAAAAGAACCCUGUGGAAGAAGUGGAUGAACCUGAAAAUGCAAAUGAAAGUGAUCAAUUUCUUGCACAUGAGAGGACAAGUGAAUGUUAA